AUGGGUUCUUAUUUAUCAGAACCAGUCACAGAGAAGGUAUCUAGUGAUGAAACAGACAAUAGGCUUAAUUGCGGUGCCAGUUCAAUGCAGGGCUGGCGUGUCAGCCAAGAGGAUGCACAUAAUUGUCUACUAGAUUUCGAUGUAAAUACGUCAUUCUUUGCUGUUUAUGAUGGGCACGGGGGCCAUGAAGUGGCCCAUUACUGUUCCGAAAAAUUGCCCCAGUUUAUUAAAAACACAGAAGCUUAUAAGCAAGGAGAUAUAAAUAAUGCUUUGAUAGAAGGCUUCUUAGGCUUUGAUAAAACAAUAUGUACCAAAGAAGUGGUUUCCAAACUGAAGGAAAUUGCUGGAGAUAAACAAGCAGAAGAAGAUAGUGAAGAUGAAGACAAUGUUGAUAAUCUCUAUAAAGAAGCUGCAAUGCCUAUUGAACAGGUUAUUGAGAAGUAUACAAGUCUGGUAUGUCCAGCAUUAGAUAAUGUGAAAAAGGUGGAAGGUAAAUGUUCAAAAUCACCAUACUUAAAAUCCAAAAGAGGAAAUGAUUCUAAUGUUGGCUCUACAUCAUCCAGUUCUUCUGUAGGAGCUUCUACAGAAUGCCAAAAACAAGAAGCAAGUGGUUCCGAUUGUGUAAGUUCUAGCAAUGAAAAUGAGGCCAAAAGUGCAGAUACAUCUUUAGAAGUCAAAGAUGAAGCCUCAAAGUCAGUUCCUGAUAUCAAACUGUCCUCUCCAGACAGUUCAGAUUCUAAAGAGGCAGCUGUGGUUACAAACAGUGAACAAGCUCCUCAGAAUGAGGAAACUGUGUCUGCUUCCAUGCAAAAUGGUCAGGUGACUGACAGUGAGUCGAAAGAGGAUGUAACAAGUUCCACUCCUCAAGAAAAUGGUGAAAUCACCAAGAAAGGUAAAGGCAAGGCCAUUGCCCAUCCAAAAACGCCGAAAAUAUCUGAAAGACCAAAGCGUAAUGCUAAACAGCUAUACAAGUCUCUGCUGGAUUUUGCACAGUGUAGUGAGGAAGAUACUGAAGAUGAAGAGGACCAAACUUUUGAAGGGCCUUAUGAUGAAACAAUUCCAGGUGCGAGUUCCGAUGACGAGGACGAAGGCGUCAACAUCGCCAUCGAGGCGGAAGAUUCGGGAGACGACGCGAGCUCCGAAUUGGAGGAGGAGGAGGAGGAAGAGAGUGGCGAGGAAGAGGAGGAGGACAUCGAAGAUGAGGAGGACCUGGAGUUCGCGAGAAAUAUGAAGGAGGAGCCGGGAUCGGAUAGCGGGUGUACGGCCGUGGUGGCCCUGCUGAAGGGCAACGAACUUUACGUCGCCAAUGCCGGGGACUCUCGUUGCAUCGUCUGCCGAAAUGGCAACGCCAUCGACAUGAGCUUCGACCACAAACCCGAGGACGAUCCCGAGCGCGACCGAAUAGUGAAAGCCGGCGGCAAAGUGACGUCAGACGGCCGCGUCAACGGCGGCCUCAACCUGUCGCGCGCUAUCGGCGACCACGCCUACAAGCAGAACAAGGAGCUGUCGGACAGAGAGCAGAUGAUCACGGCGUUGCCGGACGUGAAAACGUUGACGGUGAACCCCGGCGAGGACGAGUUCAUGGUGCUGGCGUGCGACGGCAUCUGGAACUUCAUGUCCAGCCAGGAGGUGGUGGACUUUGUGCGACCUAUGCUGGGGGAGAGGGAGAAGCUGUCCGUCAUUUGCGAAGAGAUGUUCGACCAUUGCUUGGCGCCCAAUACGAUGGGAGACGGUACGGGCUGUGAUAACAUGACGGCGAUAAUAGUACAAUUCAAAUCGAACAUUCUCAAAAGAUCCGCUUCGCCGGAACUACUCGAAAAGGAUUCGAAAAGAGCAAAGACUGGGGAAAAUUCCAGAGAAACAGGGGUGUGAAGGUGUGACCGGGUCGAAUUCGAAAAGUUAAGCUAGUUGAUAGGUACGUUUCAGUUGUUUUGUAUAAAUAUGUUUUCAGUUGCAGUUUUAUUCUUAGGAGGUGUCUGUAUAGAGACUCAAUUUGAUUAUUUAUCUUUUUUUAGGGUCGGUUUCAUUAUUAUUCCGUGUGGUUGGACGAGUUUGUGAAGCAACCACAAAGUAUGAUUCUCAUUAUUCAUGAAACAAUUUAAUAAUUAUUGUAACUUUUACCAU